GGCAAUUUUGGAUUUAGAUGUUAUGGCAGAAGGUUAUCUCUUCUGUCAAAGUCACCCAAUUCUUGUGCUUGUGCUUAUUGCUGGGUAUGCUACACCCAGAGAAGUAGAAAGUUGAAUUUUAUUCAAUUUAUCUGCAUGUGCUCAUCCGUCGAGUAGGUCACAUCCAGGGAGUUAUAAUGUAGUAUUUUACCUAAUUUGAAACACCUUUGGGAAAUUGAGCCAGAGCUCGAAGUCCAGAUGCUUUUACCACUUUAGAUCACACCUUUUUAUGAAUCUCCUUAGUCUUUGUUACUUUGAAUUUUGACGUUUUAUUUUAUUUGAUAAGUUCCUCAUCUUUGGGGCAACCUUCUGGUGAGAUGCCACUACCUAGGAUUAUUUGUUUGGUCAUGUUCUCGUGGGGCAUUUCACCCAAUUUCAAACAUUUUAUCAUGUUGCCUGGAGAUUUGAAGUGUCUGGGCUAGUGUGUGCAUCGUCAUUGGCAGAAAGAGGAAUUGCAGUGACGGUUUUUGAAAGUGCAAGAGGCCCUGGAGGGCGCAUGUCUCAGCGCAGAGAGCGAACUGAAGAUGGGAAGGAAUUAUGUUUUGAUCAUGGGGCUCCCUAUUUUACAGUGAAGGAUCCAAGUGUCUGUGAUGUAGUAGAUAAGUGGGAAGGUGCUGGUCUGGUUGCUGAAUGGAAAGGACCAUUUGGAACCUUUGAUGUAGACUCUGGAAAAUUUAUGCCGCAAUUGGAGAAUUCAAUGAAGAGAUAUGUGGGUGUUCCAGGAAUGAAUUCUAUUUGUAAAGCUAUUUGCCAUCAACCUGGUAGGGUAGAAGCUAAGUUUGGAGUUACAGUUGCAAAACUGCAGUGGAGGGAGGAAGAUGGAUAUUGGGAUUUGAAGGGGUUGCAAGGUGAAGAGAUUGGGCAGUUUGAAGCAGUAGUUGCAUCAGACAAAAAUCUGGCUUCUCCAAGAUUCACAAUUCAGACUGGUCUUCCACCUCCUUUAGAUAGUGCUGGAGUACCAGAACUAGUACAAAAGAUGCAAACAAUGUCAGCUAUUCCCUGUUUUGCAGUGAUGUUGGCACUUUCUCAGCCUCUCACAUCGAUUCCUGUACAUGGUUAUACUGUUGUAGGCUCUAAGUUGUUAAGUUGGGCAUCGUGUGAUAGUAGAAAGCCAGGACGAUCUAAAAGUGGCAGUGAAUGCUGGGUUUUGCAUUCAACAGCUGAGUAUGCUAAUCAGAUCAUUAGCAAGACUGGCCUAAAUAAGCCUUCAGAUGAUAUACUGAACAAUGUGAAAAGGGACUUGUUUGGGGAAUUUCAGAAAACAGUCCCAGAUAUAACUUCUCCAUUUUUCAUGAAAGCUCAUCGAUGGGGCAGUGCCUUUCCAGCAACUAACCUUGCAAAGGAUGACAAGUGUCUAUGGGUGGAGAAGGAGAGACUGGUUAUUUGUGGCGACUUUUGUGUUUCUCCAGAUGUUGAAGGUGCCAUAUUGAGUGGACUAGCAGCAGCUUCAAAACUUUCAAAAGUCUACAGUACUCUGUAGCUGCAAUAUAAUUGAAGCAAACUUUUUAGGGAAAAAAUAAUUCUUUUGACAGUGUAUGAUAGGUCUUAUUCUAUUUUAUUUUUAAUUUAUUUUUUAAAUGAACCUGACAUUUUUUAAAACUUGAAAAUCUUGACAAUUUUUUUUCCAUCAUGAAUCCUCAUUUUUUUUGGUUGCAAUAAUCUCAAAUUAUUCCUAUUUUCUUAGGGUUUAUUUUGUGUAUAGAAGUAAAAAUAAAAGUUAAAAAUUUCCAGGAAAUUUUUUAAUUUUUUUCUCCAAGAAUUACUCCCAGAAGAGUAAGGAAUGGUUGUAGUGUCUUCUGAUUUUUAACCAAGUGAUCAACUAGAAAAGAAGGAUUGAAUUCUGUUUGCAUUAGAGGACAAACAUUGUAAAAGAUUCAAGGCAUAGACUUUGCAGCCACAAUUUUGUAACUUUAUAUUCAUGUCACCUUGUAAGAUUUAUUUAAAUGAUAUGCUACCACUGUCACACUAAACAAUAUUCCAAUUACAGUGCUACUGAUAACUGUUGAAUAUCGAUGAAUAAUUAUCAAUGUUCUAUACAGGUCUAUCUGAAUUUGUAAAGCAGCUUGGUUGCAAUUUGUUAUGAACACAAAGAUCAGUUAUGGAAAGUUUGUUUUC